AUCUGGGUCCCGGGGGCGGGGCGGGAUACUUGGAGGCGCGUUUGCUGAGCACGGUGGGGUGGACCCCACUAACAGGGUCGAGCCUUGCGAGCCCCAGAAUCUUCGGCGCUUGUCCGAAUCCAGCCUUCUCGGUCACCGGGAAGAGUGGCGUUCCUUCCUGCUCAGCUCAGGGGCGUCCCUCCGGACCCUAGGGCCUGUGUUCCCGGAAGUGAAUUUUGCUAAGUCACUCACGGCUUUUGAUUGUUGCUGUUUGUGACCUCGUAUGAAUUACACCUGCUUAUUAAACCUCUGUUGUUAGGUUACAAAGGCGUACACGAUUCAUAUCUGUGGCAGGGCCAUACAGAGUGACCUCCAUUUGGAGCUGCGCUCAUGUAGAGGAGGGUUCUGGUCAUGCAGCAGUUGCACAAAGACUGCCGGGCCACAGAGUGGCCGUGGACACAAAGUUCAGUACUAGAAGACACAUGCCGGCGGCAAGACUUCAACCCCAGUGAAUACGACCUGAAGUUUCAGAGGACGGUGCUAGACCUCUCUCUCCAGUGGAGAUUUGCCAACCUGCCUAACAAUGCCAAGCUGGAGAUGGUGCCUGUGUCCCGUAGCCGCGAGGGGCCUGAGAACAUAGUUCGCAUCGCGUUCCAGCUGGAUGACGGCUCCAGGUUGCAGGACGCUUUCUGUUCCCGACAGACUCUCUGGGAGCUUCUCAGCCAUUUUGCACAGACCAGGGAGCGUCUGCAGCAGCUGGGUGAGAAGACCCCUGUCUGCGUGUACAUGAGGAAUGAGGUGACUGGUAGAGCUGCCUUACAGAACACAACCCUUCAGUCACUGGGCCUGACAGGUGGUAGUGCCACCAUCAGGUUUGUCAUAAAGCAGUGUGACACCGCCGGCAAACAGGAGUCCAUAGCCGUCAGGAGCAAGGCCCCGGGAAGUCCGGUCUCCUCCUUGUCAGCCGACCAGGCAUCCAGUAGCACAUUGCUUCCUCUGAACUCUGGGGAGUUCAGCAGGGGAGACCUAAACCAUGAGGGUGAUGCAAACACCUCAGGGACCGGCCUUGAGGGUGGCCCCAAACCAACGGAUGCUCAAACAAAGCAAAGCACCAGUGAGCCUGCAUCGGCCCCCUUCGUUCCCUUCUCUGGGGGGGGCCAGCGGCUGGGGGGCCCGUCUGCGUCCUUGAGACCUCUAACAUCACCUUCGGCCAAUUCAUCCAAGUCUUUCUCUGGCCCUGGGGGCCCUUCUAAGCCCAAGAAGCCAAAGCCUGGUGAGGAGCCCCAGCAGGAGCCUGAACCGCCCGUUGACCGAGAUCCUGUGGUGUACCACCCUGACCUAGAGGACUUGCUACAGCCCUGGCCGGCAGAGGUGCCUGACGAGUUCUUUGAGGUGACUGUGGAUGAUGUGAGGAGACGCUUGGCCCAGCUCAAGAGUGAGCGGAAGCGUCUGGAAGAAGCCCCCCUGGUGACCAAGGCUUUCAGGGAGGCUCAGAUGAAGGAGAAACUGGAACGUUACCCAAAGGUGGCUCUGCGGGUCCUAUUCCCUGACCGCUACAUCCUGCAGGGCUUCUUCCGCCCCAGUGAGACAGUGGGGGAUCUUCGAGACUUUGUUAGGAGCCACCUGGGGAACCCCGAGCUCUCCUUUUACCUAUUCAUCGCUCCACCCAAAAUGGUCCUGGAUGACCACACGCUGACUCUCUUUCAGGCAAACCUCUUCCCUGCUGCGCUUGUGCACUUUGGAGCUGAAGAACCAACAGGUCUCUAUCUGGAACCUGGGCUGCUAGAACACACCGUCUCCCCAUCUACAGCUGAUGUGCUGGUGGCCAGGUGUAUGUCCCGGGCUUCCGGGUCCCCACCUCUGCUGCCAGCCCCUGACCCUGUAUCCCUGGAGUCUGAGCCAAUCGCUGAGGAUGGGGCACUGGGGCCCCCAGAGCCCAUCCAAGGGACAGCCCAGCCUGUGAAGAGAAGCCUGGGCAAAGUACCCAAGUGGCUGAAGCUGCCAGCCAGCAAGAGGUGAGAGCUACCAGCCUGGAGAUGCCUAUCACCAGCCACAGGACCCUACCCCCACCCACCCCGAGCAGGAAUAAAGAGUCGCGCUUCUCUCAAA